GGUGAACGUAACGACUGCAGUGUAUGGCCACGCCCCUCCCGAUUCACGGCAAAAUGGCGACGGAGAGCUGUGAUGCUGUGAACAUGGACCCUGACAUGGAACUGCUCAGUGACGAAGAACUAGAAAGGGAAGCGGAGGGCUUCAAGGAGCAAGGCAAUUCCUUCUAUGUCAAGAAGGACUAUGCAGAAGCUUUCAAUUAUUACACCAAGGCCAUUGAUAUGUGUCCUAAGAAUGCAAGUUACUAUGGAAACCGGGCGGCCACGCUUAUGAUGCUGUGCCGGUACAGAGAGGCUUUAGAGGAUUCCCAGCAAGCAGUACGACUAGACAGUAACUUCAUGAAGGGACAUCUGCGAGAGGGCAAGUGCCACCUGUCCCUUGGCAAUGCCAUGGCCGCGAGCCGCUGUUUCCAGAGGGUUCUGGAGCUGGAGCCAGACAACAGCCAAGCCCAGCAGGAGGUGAAGAAUGCAGAGUCCAUCCUCGAAUUUGAGAGAAUGGCAGAGAUCGGGUUCGAGAAGAGGGACUUCAGGAUGGUUGUCUUUUGCAUGGACCGUGCCUUGGAGUCCGCGUCAGCCUGUCACAGGUUCAAGAUACUGAAGGCAGAGUGCUUAGCCCUGCUGGGGCGGUACCCCGAGGCUCAGUCUGUCGCCAGUGACAUUCUGCGAAUGGACCCCACUAAUGCGGACGCUCUGUACGUCCGUGGUCUCUGUCUUUACUACGAGGACUGCAUAGACAAGGCCGUGCAGUUCUUUGUCCAGGCCCUGCGUAUGGCUCCUGACCAUGACAAGGCUCGACUCGCAUGCAGAAAUGCCAAAGCACUAAAAGCCAAGAAGGAAGAAGGGAACAAGGCGUUUAAGGAGGGAAACUUUGAGGCUGCCUAUGAUCUGUACUCUGAAGCACUAACAAUAGACCCCAAUAACAUCAAGACUAAUGCCAAGCUGUACUGUAACAGAGCCACUGUUGGAUCUAAGCUGAAGAAACUAGAACAGGCCAUUGAAGAUUGCACGAAGGCCAUAAAACUGGACGAGACCUACAUCAAGGCCUAUUUAAGGAGAGCGCAGUGCUACAUGGACACAGAGCUUUAUGAAGAGGCGGUGCGGGACUAUGAGAAAGUUUACCAGACAGAGAAGACAAAAGAACACAAGCACCUCCUGAAAAAUGCCCAGCUGGAGUUGAAGAAAAGCAAGCGGAAAGAUUACUACAAAGUUCUCGGGGUGGAUAAAAACGCCACAGAAGAUGAGAUCAAGAAAGCUUACCGCAAACGGGCACUUUUACAUCACCCAGACCGUCACAGCGGCGCUAGCGCUGAGCUGCAGAAGGAAGAGGAGAAGAAAUUUAAGGAAGUGGGCGAGGCUUUCAGCGUGCUCUCGGACCCAAAGAAGAAGUCUCGCUACGACAGCGGACAGGAUCUAGAGGAUGAUGGCAUGAACAUGGGAGAUUUUGAUGCCAACAACAUUUUCAAGGCAUUCUUUGGAGGUCCAGGCGGUUUUAGCUUUGAAGCAUCCGGACCAGGAAAUUUCUUCUUCCAAUUCGGUUAAGUGGAGGAUUCGGCUACCUAAACAGUUACAACAUCAGGACUUUUCAACAAUGUCAACCCCUUGACCCACUACCCGUAUUUAAUGACUGACUGUUUGCAGUCAGACACUUGUCUAUGCCAUUGACUGAAUGAAUGCAACCCAAUGACCACACGCAGCAAAUGAUUUAAAAACUGUAUAGCAAGGACACCAAGAUGGCUCAGUCCGAGUUGAUAGUGUUACUGCUUUUGGAUUUAGUUUUCUUCUGUCCAGAAUGAAACAAACUUGAAGGUCAGUAAUGACUACCAACACUGUUCCAGAUAUUUACGGGAUUUUUGAGGUAGAAGAAAUUGUGCAGCUAUUGCAUCAGAGCUUUUAGGGAUCCAUGCAGGAAGCGAUACCUUGGGGAAACUCUCGAGAUGCAGCUGCGCAUUGAGCAAGCUGUUCUCCUGCUCAUCUCAACUUACUGCUGAGGGAAUGUUCUCUGCAUGAAAAUGUAUAACUUGCUCAAUGAUUUCUGAAGAAAGUCACUGAGCAAGCAGCACCUCCCCUCCCCCCCUUUUGAAGAAUCUGUCAGACAGAACUGUCGGCUGCUACGAAUUCGCACUGAAAACUGCCUCCUUAUCCUAAGCCUGCAGGAGAACUCGAUCAUUUUUUAAAUUAACGACAGCUGGAGCCCAGACUUACACAUACAGUACAGCCAAAGUACAUGAGAAAAGAUGGCAGUGGAGACAGCUGUGCUGGUUUUGUUGCCAGCAAAGUAAACCUUCUUCUUGUGUCACAGGUUUUAUGUUUGAUGUUGCCAUUCACAGAUUGCCGCAUCGUACAUUUUACUGGAAUGUAAAGUGUUGAUUUGUGAUAAUAGUUGAUUUUUUUUUCCAUUUUUUUAUUUUGAUAUGUAUAUUUAUUGUAAAUUUGCUGUCUGAUGAAACCAUCAGUGUAAGAUGAAGACGCUCUUCUGUAAUGUUUGAGGCAACCGUUGUGAGUAGGUGUCGGGAAGAUACUUAUUUUGCUGGGUUGUUCUAAAAUUAAUUAUUCUAUAUGUGUUACAUGACUAUGAUGCAAGCAGCCUACUUUUUCCUCAAUGUAAUAGAACAAAUAAAAUAAUCUACCUUAAUAUAAUAUGUGAUAAGCGCUCGCUAUUGCCCAGGGAAAUCUGGCACCGUGCAACAAUUGGAACCUGGUGUGGUUUAGUUGCUUCUUGAUAAAUGUGUUGGUCCUUUUGGUUAAGGAAAGAAGAGCGUCCUCAUCUUAGCUUUCAUUGUUUUUGCCCUUUGCGGUGAAAUCAUCCUCUCUUUACCUUUGAAAAGUACCAGCCGUGUCAAUAAAGUUGGCCUCUUCUGGGCUUUCCCCUAA